UAUAUUUAUUUCAGAUUCUCUCUCUACCCCUUAAGUCCCUCUCCUCCUCCUCACUCACCACUCUCUGGCACAAGCCUAUGUCAGAAUGCCCAUCAUCGUCAUCUUCUUCUUCUCCUCCUUCCGUGAAAGUAAUUUUUACCAUCUUUUCUGGCCAUUCCUUUGUUUGUAAACCUUAAAGAAAAAGUAUAAAAACAUAAAAAGAAAUUCACAAUUUUUGGUGAUUUUCGAAGACACAUACGUCGAAAGAUGAAAAUUACAGUCAGUGCAAUUCUUAUGGCCGCCUUUUUUUCUUGUGCUGUUGCAUAUGAUCCGUUGGAUCCUAAUGGUAAUAUUACGAUCAAAUGGGACGUGAUAUCGUGGACACCGGACGGUUAUGUGGCGGUGGUGAAUAUGCACAACUUCCAGAUGUACCGGCAUAUCAUGAGCCCAGGGUGGACCUUGGGGUGGACCUGGGCCAAGAAAGAGGUCAUAUGGUCCAUGGUGGGUGCCCAAACCACCGAACAAGGAGACUGCUCGAAAUUCAAAGGCAGCAUACCCCAUUGCUGCAAAAAGACCCCUUCAGUCGUUGACUUGUUACCCGGAGUUCCCUACAAUCAACAAUACACAAAUUGUUGUAAGGGAGGGGUCGUGGCUGCGUGGGGUCAGGACCCGUUGGCUUCAAUAUCUGCCUUUCAAGUGAGCGUGGGCUUGGCGGGGACCUCGAACAAGACAGUGACACUCCCCAAGAAUUUCACUCUCCUUACACCAGGGCCUGGCUACACAUGUGGCCCAGCUAAGACAGUACCAGCAACAACGUUCCUUACAACUGAUGGCCGGCGCAAGACGCAGGCUUUGAUGACAUGGAAUGUGACGUGCACAUACUCGCAGUUCUUAGCGAGGAAAAGCCCCAGUUGCUGUGUAUCAUUCUCUUCCUUCUACAACGAGACCAUCAUCCCUUGCCCCAAUUGUGCUUGUGGCUGCCAGAACAAUAAUACUUGCAUCCAGAGUGACUCAAAGUUGCUACUAAAGCCAGGAGUAAACACACCGAGAAAGGACAAUGCACCAUUGUUGCAGUGUACAAAACAUAUGUGCCCCAUACGUGUGCACUGGCAUGUUAAGGUGAACUACAAGGAGUACUGGCGAGUGAAAAUAGCUAUCACCAACUUCAAUUACAGGUUGAACUACACACAGUGGACCCUUGUAGUUCAGCACCCAAACCUCAACAAUGUCACCCAAGUCUUCAGUUUCGAUUACAAGCCGCUCCUCCCCUAUGGAUCGAUAAAUGAUACUGGAAUGUUCUAUGGGAUGAAAUUCUACAAUGAUCUACUCAUGGAAGCGGGGCCAUUUGGGAAUGUGCAAUCAGAGAUUCUGUUGCAAAAGGAUGCACAAACCUUCACUUUCAAACAAGGUUGGGCGUUCCCACGAAAGAUUUACUUCAAUGGCGAUGAGUGUAUGCUGCCGCCACCUGAUACAUAUCCCUUCCUUCCAAAUUCUGGCUACCUGACGAAGGUUAUGAACUUUUGGAGAUCUCUUUCUUCCAUGAUUUGCUUAUCACUGAUUUUUGGAUACCUGUUUUGAUUAUUUAUUUGUAGCUUUGGUGGGGUAUAGAAUUUGGGAUUGUCACAACU